CCCUUAAGCAACAUGGCUCUUUAUAAUACCUUCGCCUUCCAAGCUCCAAGUACUCAGCAGCAAGCUAGUUUUUUCUCAACAAAAGAAAGUAAAUAAAGGUAGAUUUCACAUUUCAGAGGGAAAAAUGGUGGCCGUCGACCCGAAAGCCCUUCCCUCCGCCAAAGCCGUGAACCACCAGUUCAACGUGGUCAUCGACGGCGCCGAGACGACCAUCCACGAGGGCGUGCUCCGGUGCAACGGCGGCACGCUCACCGUGGUCAGCCCAGGCGUCCUCGAGGUCAACAGGCUGCAGCACGUGGUCGUGCGCGGGGGCGGCGGCGGCGACGUGCGCUUCGCCCGGUGCGGCUUCGCGGCGGCCGAGGCCUGCGGCGCCGUGUCGUUCCACAGGUGCGACGCGGUGCGCGUCGACGGGGCCGGGGAAGUCGCCGUGCGGCGGUGCCGGUCCGCGGACGUGGAGCGCGCGGGCACGGUGAGCAUCCGGAGGUGCAAGGGGGCCGCGCGCGUGCACGGCGCCGGGGAGCUGCGCCUCGGGCGGUGCCGGGAGGCGGACGUGGGCAACUGCUCGGACGUGGCGCUGGGGCGGUGUCGCGAAGCGCGCGCCGACUGGUGCGGCUCGCUCGGCGUCCAGCGGUGCCGGUCGGCGGACGUUAGCCGCUGCAGCGCCGUGCGCGUCGACCGGUGCGGCGACGCGAACGUGUCCAGCUGCGGGAGCGUGAUGGUGCGACGCGGCAAGGUGAACAUGGCGGAGGCGCAUCAGCCACUGCAGGAGUGGCAGGAGCAGCCCUUGUGUCCGAAAGCAGAGCCAGCCGACCCAGUGCCCAUGGAAAUCAUGAGCAAGUGAAGAACUAUCUGAUGAAAUGUGGAUUAUACCAGUGAUAUUAUUUGUGUGGUACUACUA